CUUGGAUAGCUUUUGAAGUCUAUUUUUAUAAUUGAGUGGUCUCAGUUCGAGAGGAGAGAGUAAUCACCCAAAAAUCGAUCUGGAACAAGCAGUGGUCUGUGAACUCGAGCUGUGAGAGUGCUGAGACUGUUUGGUUGAUAUCUCGAGUUUUACCAAUCCAAUUAAGGCGUAUGAGAUACCAAAAGAAAGCUCUCAAGACGAGGAAUCCGUGAAGGUCUGGUUUGCAUCAAUCGGAGUAGAGGAAGGCUUCCAAAUCGUCCGAGCAGAACGCGACCUCGCAGGGACGGAUUUACUCUUCUAAGAAUCGAGUUAGCCGGAAAACACCCGUUCUAGGGGCUGUUUUCGUAUCAACGAUUAGGGGUUGAAAUAGCAACUUGAGGAGGCUGUUUAGCACCCAUUUCUAAGCAAGGAAUCAGUUCUCAAGCUUCCUUGGCCGAGGCUUUAGCCAUUGGAUCGAGAAGGAAGGUUUUAAAGCUCAUUUGAGGUUGAGGCUAGAGCUUACUUCCUGUGCUCGUUGCUCGGGUGAUCAUCUAGGAGGGAAGACUUGAAAUGGACCGUGGUGGCAGGAUUACUAGGAGAAACCCGACGGGCCGUGUACCAGUGGAGACUGGACAGGGCAGUCGAAGGACCUCUAGGGCAUCUAGGGGAGCUGGCCGUGGAGGCCGAUCACAGACCGUGAGUGACGGUCAUGUUGACACAGAAAGUGAAACCUACUGGUCCUAUGAAGACUCGACUUACCAACCGGGGACCGAGCCGGUUGAGACCCCUUACGAAGGGGAUGACGAUGAUGUAAGUGAUGAAGAGGGGGAGAAUGACUCCCUAGCAAGAAUCGAGGCGCUGCUCCAACAAUACCAGCGGGAGCGCGAGGAAAGGAGGGAACGCCGGAGGCGCCGGGGAGGGCGAACUUCGGGUGGGGCUUCAAGAGGAAGGAGCCAUGGCGAUUCUCGGGCCCACAUUGAACCACAUGGGGGCCGGGGUGAUGGAGGUCCAAUCAUAAGGAUCUCCAAGUACAUCAAAGAGGCACGAGAUUUGGGGUGCAAACCCUUCAACGGAGCAGGCGACAUCUCGGUCGCCGCGGAAUGGAUCAAGAGGUUGAACGAGGCAGCCCUUGAUAUGCAACUCACCCCCGAAUUUAAACUAAGGGUGGCGGUGAGAUUGCUUGAAGGGAUGGCAUCCACAUGGUGGGAUGGAGCCAAGGGAAAGUAUGGCAAUACCGUGACUUGGGAGAAUUUCCGACAGGAGUUCUUUGCCCAAUAUUAUUCUGAUUUUGAGGUGAACGCUAAAAGGAGAGAGUAUACCCUCCUGACCCAAGGUGGCAAAAUGACGGUGAGGCAACUUGAACACAAAUUCAGGGAGCUCGCGGAGUUCAUACCGGAGUAUGUGUGUGACGAGAACCGGAUGGUAAAUCACUUCUGGGAUGCCUUAGACCUGGAGGUGCGUGAGAGGGCAACUCAGUUGCCUAACAUGACCUUUAGCCAAGUGGUCGAGCAAGGGUUGAAAGGAGAGAAAGAAUGGGAAGAGAGAAAGUUGAAAAACGCCGAAGAGGCGAAGAAGAGAAAGUGGGAGAACCAUGGACCUCAAGGUCCUAACAAAAAGGGGAACCAUGGGGGAGGGGGAUCUUUUCGGACACCCCCACUGCCAUCUAGGGGAAGUCAAGGCCCGGGCGGGCAAUCACAAGCCUCGGGGGUGACUCGUUGCAAGAAUUGCAAGAGAAACCACCUGGGGAAAUGUCGUGACCCUCCUAGAUGCUACCAAUGCGGAAACACCGGGCACUUGAAGAUGAAUUGCCCACAAUUGGGUGGGGCAAGGUCAUCGGGACCAAGUAGUGGUAAUACCGGGACACGGAAUCAAGCCGGGACUUCACAAGCGUCCAGGGGGCAAGGGGGAGCAAGCGCAAGCAAUGCGCCGUCCGUGAAUCAAGGAAGGACUCAAGCUAGGGUCUACGCGAUGACGGAGGCGGAUGCUCAAGCUAACCCGGAUUCCGUUGCAGG